GAUGUGGCUGAGACAGGGCAUGGAGGAGAGCAGCUCAACUAAAAAGUGGUGGAGAGGAGCCCUGCUCUUGGAUCUCUCUGGUUCCCCCAAACGCUGGGGACCAGCUCCCUCAAGCUAAAGGAGACAAGUCUGGACCAGGACCAGGACGAGACCCCGGUAACAAUGCCGGCCGCCUGAGCUUCAGACCAUGUACGCAUACUGCUGCCUGGCGCCCGGGGAGGCCGUCCGGCCUCUGCUGCAGCACCUCACCUACACCUACCUGCCCGCCCCUCUGCUGCUGCCCCCCAUCCAGGCCCACAACUUCUGCAGCCGGCCCCCGAGCCUGAGCGCGGGCGAGUGGGCGGCUCGGCGGGAAUACCACUGCUUCCACGCCACGGGCGCGCCCCUGGCGCUCACGCCGCCCGUCUGGGCCUUCCCGCAGGCCUACGCCGCAGCUCUGCAACCGCCGUUCCCCGCGCCCGUCUACCGAGGGCCGUCGUUGCAGGAGCCCGCGGCUGCGGGGACGGCGGCGGCCGAGAGCGGGGCACAGUGGCCGGAAGGCGACAGCCUGCAGGCCGAGCUGCGCUGGGGCCGGGUGGAGCGCGCGCUCGGCCCGCGCCUGCGGCUGCCGGACUUCGUGUGCCGGGAGCUGCGGCGAGUGUACGGCACUUACCCGCGCACCGACGUGCGCGUCACCUACCGCGGCGGCGAGUUCCUGCUGCAGGGCGCGCCGCGCGUGUGCGCGCCCGAGGACCGUGUGAGGAGGCGAGCGUUGAGCCCGCGCACCAGCAGCCGCAGCCCGGACAGCAGCCCCGCCGGGGAAGCGGCGGAGCGCGGCCGCCGGAAGGAGAGGAAAGGCUUGGGCUGAGGGCGCCGCGAGGCCCGGCGGCCCGCCAGGGUGAGCACGCACGCGGCUCUUCUCCUGCCGCCGCAGCUGUGCCCUGGGGCUGGGGACACCCGUCACCUUUUUUUUUUUUUUUUGCCAUCGCCCACUUCCUGCACUUCCUUGAUUUCUCUCAGGUUUAUUGCUGGAUGGCGGGGCAAGGGCGAGAAUGGAUCAAGGACAUCUCUGGGUGGGUGUCCUAUUCCUCCUUCCUUCCACUUGGGCUUGGGAAGCCUGAGUGUGUGGUGGGAGGAGAGCCUGGACCCUUUGUUUCCUCUCUCCUUCCUCCGCAUCUUCUUCCCCUUUGAAGUCUGCCCUGCAGUAAGCCCCCACUGUUUCUUUGUUCUCUCCUCCCUCCUGCAAAGCUCUCCAAACUCUCCAAGCUGAGGGCCCACCUAUCCCCAGCUUGUAAUGAAAAGUAAAUAAAUGAGUGAAGUCAAGGGUAGGCUUCAAGAUCGUUUUUAUGCUUGGGGGUGGGGGUGUUUCUUCAUCUGUGUAAUAUUAGCCUUACUUCCCUCUUUAGGGUACAAGGUGUUGGGGGUGGGGAUUAGAGUGGACCUCUGGAAAAAGUGCGUUUCCUCACAGGCGGGGCCUCACUUUCCCUUAACCAGCUCCCUUCCAGUGCAAGAGGACACACUUCUAGGUCCUGAGGCCCACCACCCAGAGAGAUUCUGGGGCAGAAGCUAUUUUGUUGAGGCGUGGGUGGAUGGCAAGCAUGGCUGAGGAAGGGAUCGCUAAU